CCGGGGCAACACGUGAGUAUUAAAAAGAAAUAAAAACGGGCCAAUGGGAAGGCGUCCUUCCCCCAUUUACGCGGUUUAUUUUGCCAAUUUGGGGAAAUCAUUUCAAAUCGCGCAGAGAUAUAGAAAGGAUCGCUAGUGUAAUUAUCGUGAAUAAAUUCAGUUAUCAGCUGAUGUAAUUUUUUUAAGAGGCGAAUUUGUUGUUUAAGACUAUGCCGGCGCUACAAAAGGUUCCACUCAACUUAAUGGGUGAUUCGCCCAGACCAAUGUUGUCCAGUGAUAUACUUCAAAGACAUUCCAUUAAUUCGUUGAUUGACCAACACGAUAUUUUAUCUGAAGACAACAAUGGUGAAACGAUGUCGAUUUCCGAUUUAUUUGGGCUGAAUUCUCCGCGUGGAUUGUUGAAUUUUGGAAAUUCAGGCGGAUUGUGCACGCCACCAGCAACACCAAACUACCAGCUUAAUUUUGACGAUGCAAAGUUUCAAGCGGGUCCUUUAAACUAUGCAUCAGCCACAUCACCAAGUAAUGUUCUUCCAAAAAAGAAAUCAGUUGGAAAUACACCACCCUCAACCCCAAAUUAUUAUCGCACGUUAAGAAGCACAUCUUUAAGUGAUUCCUGUGGAAGCAACAGUCCGGCCGUUCUUGAACCAAGUUUAUUCACAAGUUCUAGAUCAAAUUCACCAGAAUCCGAUUUAAGUGGAAUUUCCAGCCCUGAGGGUAGUUUAAAUGAUGUACUGAAUUCUUUGACAUUAAACGAUUCACUUGCUCGCAACUUGUUCCCAACUACCAUCAAUGACUUGGAUAUUUCAAACUUGCAAAAUCUGCAAGCCAUCCACGCUUUGAAAUAUUUACAGCAGCCACCUGCCAUGCUAAGUUCUUUAUUGCCGGCUGCUUGUUCGCAUAAUACACCUUCACAGUUACUCGAUAAGUGGAAUGGCGGCAAUGCCGGUUCUUUGUCAAAUUUUGGUUCUGAAAAUUUGCAAUUGGACAGAGCAGCUCGUUUUCAUCUUUCUGCAGCAUCUGUGUAUGAUGCCACUUGCACCUGGAGCGGAAUAUUGCCGCCACGUAGCGUAGGAAAGCCAGCAGGCUAUUCAAGCAAAGUUUUUUUGGGCGGUGUGCCCUGGGAUAUUUCCGAACAAUUGCUAAUGCAAACGUUCAAACAGUUUGGCCAGAUUCGCGUGGAAUGGCCCGGCAAGGACAAGCAGGCUUCGCAACCAAAAGGCUAUGUCUAUAUUAUAUUUGAGUCUGAGAAAAACGUUAAGGCCUUGCUGCAAGCUUGCACAAACGAUUAUACCAACAGUGGAAACUGGUUUUACAAGAUCAGUUCAAAAAGAAUGAAGGCAAAGGAAGUUCAGGUAAUCCCCUGGAUAAUAAAUGAUUCCAACUAUACCAAGUCUACUUCCCAAAAAUUGGAUCCAUGCAAAACCGUAUUUGUUGGAGCUUUACAUGGAAUGCUUAAUGCUGAAGGUUUGGCCAAAAUUAUGAAUGACUUGUUUGAUGGAGUUGUCUAUGCCGGCAUUGAUACUGACAAAUACAAGUACCCCAUUGGAUCUGGCAGGGUUACCUUCAAUAACCCACGUUCAUACAUGAAGGCGGUAGCUGCUGCUUUUAUUGAAGUAAAAACAUCGAAAUUUACCAAGAAGAUUCAGGUGGAUCCCUACUUGGAGGACUCCCUGUGUUCAAUGUGCAGGGUCCAGCAGGGUCCCUAUUUCUGUCGCGACCUGAUUUGCUUCAGAUAUUUCUGCCGCACUUGCUGGCCGUGGCAGCACAACAACGAUUUCCGUCAUCACACACCACUGAUGAGGAACUCGAAGAACAACCAAGUGCUUGGAUUGGGCAAUUCGCUGGCCUCCUCCAUCAACAAUCUCAACUAAUAAAAGCAAGUGGGUACUUUUCGUUCAUUUUUGGUAGUAUAAUAUAUUAUUUAUUAUCUAUCUCCUUCUAAUUCGCUGUUUUAAUUAAUAUGCUGUAUUACUGUUAAAUUUUUUUCCAUACACUUUUAAGAAAGUGUAAAGUUGUUGUUUGUUAUUAUUUUUUUAUUGGCCAAUUGAUUAUUAAUUAGGUAAUUUAAGUACUUAAUAAAAAUAUAAUGAAUAUCCCCAUUGAAGUUUAUACAGAUAAAUGUUGGGGAUAUUUUUGCUGUUAAACUGUUACAAUAUGACUUUGCGGCAUGUAAACAUUUUUUCCAAAGCAUUUUUCGCCAUUUAGUGUUUAGUUGAUGAUGAAUUUGUUUAUUGAUUUGGAAAAAGUUCAACAUGCCUUCAAAAAAUCAAGUUAUUUUUAUACAUGCGCCGAAAGUCCUUAUAUUUUCUUAUUUGAAAGAUUUUAUAGUGAAAUUCGGUAACAAUUUGUGUGAUUUUUUUUUAACAAUGAUUGUAGUAAUAAAUUGGACAAAUAGAUUUUGUUGCAUAUUAAAAUCAAUUUUAUAAUGAAUUAAAUUAAAUAGUAUUAUUUUAGCUGUAACAGAUUUUUUAUAAUAGUUUGGAUUUAUUGUUAGUGUUUAACAUAACUGUAGUUUUAAGUGUUGAUAUUUAAAGUUUUUAAAAACCUAAUUGUUAAUUUAACUUUAAAUUUAUAUGGGCAGUUGGGUAAUAUUUAAUACUUUUAUAAAUUUUAGGAUAUUUAUAUUACAGUUAAAACUGUAUAAUAGGACUUGUUAUAUUAUGAUACAUUGGCUAUUUCAAUCAAGGUCGAUUUGGCUAUUACUGAAUAUUUCUAAAGUUUAUGAUAAAAAAAAUUAAAAAAUCAUAGUUUCAAAAUGCGUUAAAUAAAUUAAAUAUUUUCAUUAAUAUU